UCUCCUCCAGCAGGAUAUUCAGCUGCAAUAAUUGGGACGAGGCCCUGUAAUAGCCAUGGCAAAUUGACGGGAAGCAGCAGAUUACCGGGUGGGCGAAGAUGGAGCGACAGAACAGCGCAAAGAGUCGGAAGUCGAAAACCCUGCGCUCCAUUUCACGCUCCCUCAUCCUGUGCAAUGGCAAGAACAGCGACGACGGAUCGAGCCCCGAGGAGAAGUACCCCAAUCCCUUCGAAACGCAGGCCAACUGGGGUCAAGAGGGAAGCGACUACUGCCCUCGGCUUCAAUUAACGUGCGCAUCGUCAAGCGAGGACAGCCCUCCUGAUCCUUUUAUGAUCACCAGCAUGAUGCAGCUGAGGGCUGCGGCCAGCGAUGGCUGCAAGAAUAUGAAGAGAAAGUUCUUCAUCAAGGACAGCUGCAUUUGGAAGCUCUGCAUAGCCACGGGGACCGAUGGGCUGGGAAUUCAAGUCUCCAGAACUCCCAACUGCUCCGCUUUUGGAAAAGAAUUCACAGUCAGCCACGUGAUUGAUGGAGGAGCUGCCCAGAGGGAUGGCCGUCUAAGCCCUGGCGACGAACUUCUCACUGUCAACGGACAAUCUCUUAAGGAGCUCUCCAGCAAAGAAGAGGAGUCGCUCAUCCGGUCGGCAAAAGGCCUGGUAAACUUAGUCAUUGCUAACAAGGAAUCCUCAGUUUGCUCUCGCAAAGAACAGCCUGUUAAACAAGACGUACAAAACGGCUCCAUUCUACAGACGAAAGCAAAAUGUCAGAGGACUCGCAGCAAUUCAGCCAGUGUGAGUCCAUACUGGAUAGGGGAAAUUGACAGCCCCAUGGCAAAGAAAUCAGCCUCCCGAUACAGACAGUCCCAUUCUCUGUACAGCAACAGGAAGUCUCUCUCUCAGCAGCUGGACACCUCAGCAGGAAGAGCCUCUGUAAACCCCCUUUCCAGGUCUUCGCGGUCGCUGAGUACAGCCCAGCUGAUGCAUGCAACGUGUGGUCUUCAAGCCUCUGUAAUCUCCAAUAUUGUUUUAAUGAAAGGCCAAGGGAAGGGACUGGGUUUCAGCAUUGUGGGUGGCAAAGACAGUAUUUAUGGCCCCAUUGGCAUAUAUGUGAAGACCAUCUUUCCUGGAGGAGCUGCUGCUGCGGAUGGAAGGCUGCAAGAAGGGGAUGAAAUCCUGGAACUGAAUGGAGAAUCAAUGCACGGACUCACGCAUCAUGAAGCUUUGCAGAAAUUCAAGGCCAAGAAAGGUCUUCUCACACUCACGGUCCGAACUAGCCUCAGCACCCCACAUUCUGCCGCAAGCUACUUAUCCUCCCACCUCUGCCGUUCCCUGAGCACCAGCAUGUGUAUCACCAAGGAGAACAGCUCCUUUGGCUCGGAAGUCACCACUUUCCCCUUGAACUCUGCCAACCCCAAUGACAGGAUCAUUAUGGAAGUUUCCCUAAAGAAAGAGGCUGGCGUGGGUUUGGGCAUCGGAUUAUGCAGCAUCCCUUAUUUUCAGUGUAUAUCGGGAAUAUUCAUUCAUGCCCUCUCUCCAGGCUCUGUAGCUCACAUGGAUGGAAGGCUCAGGUGCGGAGAUGAAAUAGUGGAAAUCAACGAGGCAUCGGUCCAAAACAUGUCACUCAAUGAGGUCCAUGCAGUUUUAAGUCAUUGCAAUCCCGGUGCUGUGCAGAUUAUCAUCAGUAGACACCCUGAUCCUCAGGUUUCUGAACAGCAGCUAAAGGAGGCUAUUUCACAAGCGGUGGAGAGCAACAAGUUUGAGAGGGAGAGGUACCAGUGGCGGACAGAAGGUGUUAAAAGCCUGGAAAACAGCUGGCACAAGAGACCUCCAUGUGAAAAAUACUCAGAGAGGAAUAAUGCUCAUUCCAGCCACCGCUCCCAAAAGCUUAUGAUCCGUUCCAGCAGCGACAGCAGUUACAACCCCAGGCCAUCAUGUGGCAACGGCCUUCCCUACCAGCUGGCUGAUAUGAAAGAAAAAGGACACAGCAUCGAUGCACCGAUUACAAGGCAGCCUGGCUCCUUGUAUUCUUCCUCUAGAACUAGCCUGGAGAAGGAUUCCUCCCCACCAACGCUGAAAGAAGCCGGUCACCUCUUGCAAAAUACAAAAAGGUCAGCGGAGAUCCUUGUCAGGAAACCCAGGUCCUCAAAGCCCAAACCUCCGCCAAGGAAGUAUUUCAAGCAGGAUUGCACCAGCAGCGAGCAGGCGAGCAGAGAAGCGAAUGAGAAGCCCGAGCUGCAAGGGGACGGGAGCCCACCUCCGUCCAACGCUCAGGAAGCAGAAGACCUGCUGCGGCAGAGAAAUAAGACAGUUGUCACUCACGGUGCUUUUGCGAGCUCUUUAGUACCCAGAGCUUCAGAGCAGCCAGAUGCCUAUGUCGGAGCCUCAGCCCAAGACAGAAAAACCAGCAAAGGGAAGACUCUUUCACCAGCUCAACGGCCUGCACUCAGAAGGCAGGCACAGGUAGAUUAUAGCCUUGAGGCUACAACUGAAGACCCUUGGGUUCGAAUUUCGGACUGCAUCAAAAGCUUGUUUAACCCCAGCAUGUCAGAAGGCAGCUGCCCCUUAAACUUGCACCCAACCAUUGACCCAAAUGAAGGGAACCAAACCUCUAGCUGCUCGGAAGCAGCCCUGCAGAGAUCAGACACGGAAGAGGGUGACUCAAAGGCACCCAGGUCGUCCGACGAAGGCGACUUUGCUAAGAAAGGGCCGCCAGUAGCCCCUAAGCCAGCCUGGUUUCGCCAGAGCCUGAAAGGGUUGAAGAAAGGAAAUUCUGAUGCAGCAGCCACCAGAAGCACCGCUGAGCACCAGAGCGUCUCUGACAAUGAAGUGGGUUCUACUUCGAAGAUAAUCCGGGCCUCGCCUAGAGGGUCAUCCAUAAAGCAAAGAAUAAGCUCAUUCGAAAGUCUGGGCACUCCUCAGUCUCCAGAAAGAGGAAACAGAAAACUUCUAUCAAUGCAGAACGAAAGAUCUUCCAGUAGGAGGGAGCCAAACUCGGCCACAGUUCAUCCUAAACAAGUUCCCAGUGAGAGUGUUGACUUUCAAGGUCCUGAACACAGCCACCUUCGGCCAUAUCCGGAUGCCACUGGCCUAGAUUCGUUGUCUUGUUCAAGAGGGGACUAUGCCCCGAGUCCAAAAGCAUGUAGCAGUAUCCCCACUGAAUCUUCCUUGACAUCAACACCAUUACAAGGUCCGGAGCCCAUCUCACCGGUCGCCAAAGCACCCAGCAAAAGAGCCCGGAGUUUCCCACUUACCUUGGCCCAAUCUUGCGAGAUGCAGAAAAUGGACGGAGAGAAAUGCAGCAAGAUCUAUUCCAUCAGCAACCACUUCUCAUCGGCUCUAAUGAAAUCGUUGCAUUCCCUUCCUCAGUCCCCGCUGUGUUCUGGGAAAAACCCACGGAGGCCACACAAUGGGUCACCAACCCCCCAAACAGAAGAAAAUGGGACAGCUCUCGUGCACACGCAUGAAGCUCAUUCUUCGGAUACCAGCUUUUCUCUUAACCUCUCCGAGCUGAGAGACUACAGUACAAGUCGGUCAGGCAGCGAAAAGGAAGGAAACAAGACGGAGCACUCUUCUCCUCAACCUUUAGGCGCCUCCUCAAGACAGGCUGUCAUAUCGCUGCUCACCCCUGAAGAACUGGAGAAACUUAUGGAGGAGGUGAAGUCCUUAGACGAGGCAACGUUAAAGCAACUCAGCGACAUCCAUGUCACAAUUCUCCACAAAGAAGAAGGCGCUGGUCUUGGUUUCAGCUUAGCAGGCGGAGUAGACCUAGAAAACAAAGCCAUUACCGUCCACAGAGUUUUCCCCAGUGGGCUUGCAUGCCAGGAAGGAACUAUUCAGAAAGGCGACGAGGUCUUAUCGAUAAACGGGAAGUCGCUCAAAGGCACCACUCACAACGAAGCGCUGGAGAUCUUGCGGAAUGCCCGUCAUCCGAAGCUGGCAGUCAUCGUCACGAGAAAACCCAAAGAGGCUGAAAGGAGCCCCAAUGUGUCCAUCACAUCCUCCGCAUCCAUAGGAAGUGAAACUUCAUUGGAGUCUACAUCUGAAGACCUGAUCUUCACAGUUAUACUGGAGAAGACAUCUGCAGGUUUGGGUUUCAGUUUAGAAGGAGGGAAAGGCUCCAUCAACGGAGAUAAGCCAAUCAUUGUCAACAGACUUUUUAAAGGGGCGGCAUUGGAACACAGCCCCGCAGUUCAGCCUGGCGACGAGUUGUUACAGGUGCACACAACUUUGAUGCAAGGACUCACUCGCUUCGAAGCCUGGAACAUCAUCAAGACGUUGCCCGAUGGACCGAUUAGUGCUGUCAUCAAGAGAAAAAACUCCAUCAGCAAAACAACUGCAUCUCUCCAUGGAGAGGAAUGACAGCAUUUUUUUUUUUUUUAAAAAGGAAAGAACAGAGCCUGAACUGCUGCCCAUGUUAAAACCAUGACCAAAAAAGCUUUCAUUUAUCAUUCAAACGCCACAGAAGACCCAGGUGCCCAGCACCAGAUGUUCGUUGCGAGCGAAGAGAAAGUUGGCCAGGACUGAGAAGAGGUGUAUGUCAAAAGCUUGGUUGGUUGUGGUCCCAGUAUUAAUAAAGCAGCUGCCAGGAGUGGUGCACUAAUUAAAAGGAGGCUUUGUUAACAAGCAACUCAAGAGCCAAAACCUGUAAAUCAGCUUGGGGGGUGAAACAGACGCUGAUGAAUUCACAUGUCUUGAUUGCAUAAUGAGUGGAUGAAGCACACUGCUCAUGCACUCACAUCUGGCAGGGAAGAAUGGCGCAUGGAAGUGGUUCUGGAUAUAUGAAUCCCCUUGAUGGAUGAGAACCACAUGUUUCGUCUAGGUGGCACGUUUAGACACGAACCACCCUCUAUCGCUGCAAGAUGUAGAAAGUGGGCGCAUGGUUUUGCCUACACUGCAACACUGACGGGAACGCAUGGCCUCAUCACUUAAGGGCCGUGCAUGGGUUGUGGGCAUAUCCGGCUCAGGGACACUUGAUUUAGCAACAUCUUUCAACUCUGUUCUAUGUUGCCCAAAUAAAUCACCACUGUUGUAAUCAC